AAAACGAAACCCACGUUGUUUCAUCGUCAUCAUCAAACACUCAUAAACACAAAACACUAUUCUCACUUCUUCUUCUUCAUCACAAAACCCACAAACACACCCUCUUCUCUUCCUUAAACAUCCAUGACACUACAACCUCAUCUCUCUCCUCAAAAACCCAAAACCAAACAUGCAUAUUCCAUUUAAACCACUCUUAUUCAUUCUUUUCUUCUUUUUCUUUCAUGGUACUAAUUCUUUUGGAACCAUGGGACCAAUCUCUGCUUCAUUCGGAGAAUACGAGUUAUUUUGUUCCAUCGACGCAAGUGGAAAACAAGACGUUAUUUGUUGGGGAAAAAACACAACUUCACCACAAACUCCUUCUUCUUCCUCGUAUGUUAAUAACAUACCUGCCAUGUCAGCACUUUCUGGUGGUGAAGGUUUUCUUUGCGGCAUUUUAGCCAACACUUCCCAAGUUUUUUGUUGGGCUGCAACUUCUAAGCAAAACGCAGAUCCCAUUUUGGUUCCACCGGCAUACAGGACCACCGCCUACUCUCACGUUGCAGCCGGGCAGAAUCAUGUCUGUGCUGUUAGAGGAUCUUACUAUUCGGAUCGUGAUUCAGGAACGGUGGAUUGCUGGGAAAUCGCGAAAAGAAGUAAGAAUGGUACAUUAAUGGCGGUGAUCAAUGAGUCUUUUGACGAUCAAUCUGUUACUAAUCUUGAAAUGAACCGGGUUGUUUCCGGUGAAGGGUUUACUUGUGGUGAGGUUAGAGAUGGAGGGUUGGUUUGUUGGGGGCCUAAUUCGGAGAAUUUGAAAGUUUCAAAUGUUUCUGAUAGUUUUGCUGUUUUGGCAGCAGGGAGGACCGCUGUAUGCGGAGUUUUGAAUGCUUCCGGUGAUUUGAGAUGUUGGGGUGAUAUUGAACCUCCGUUGAAAACGGAGGUUCGUUUUGUUUCCCUUUCUGGAGGGGCGCGUCAUUUUUGUGGUGUUCGAGAGGAUAAUCAUGUGAUUGAAUGUUGGGGUAAUUUGAAUUCAUCUUUGGUUCCUAAAGGUUAUGGCUUUAUGGCAAUUGCUUCUUCUGAUUAUACUACUUGUGGUAUAAGGGAAGCUGAUCUUCUUUUAGAUUGUUGGUUGGUCAACGCUUCAAAGCCUGAUUUUGACCCACCUUUAGAGCUUUCAAGUCCUGGUCUUUGUAGGUCAAGUUCUUGUGAAGCUAAUGAAUUUGAUUUCAAUGUUAGUGUUCUUAAUCAACCAGAUUUGACAAGUUUAUGUGUUAGACAAGAUUUGAGGAUUUGUUCACCUUGUGGGUAUAAUUGUUCACAAGGUUUCUUUUUGUCUAGUCCUUGCACACAAAAUUCUGAUAGAGUUUGCACAGCCUGUUCUCUUUGUCAGAACAGUUCUUGUUUGAAUGUUUGUAAACUUCAUUCUUCAAAUGGGUUUUGGCAUUGGCAUCAUAUUCGUAGAUGGGUUCUAAUAAUUGGAUCUUCUGUUUUGUGUUUGUUGUUGAUUUUGACUUGUGGGUGUAUUCUUCGAUGUUCGACGGGUUCAAGGAGAAAACAUGGCACAAAGAAACAAUCCAAGUCUUGUAUUGGUAAACAUGAACAAGAGAAUGAUGAUGAGGUCAAUGGUAAUGGUAAUGGUCUUCUUCACUCGGCUUCUUCGGCUGCGUCUUGUCCUGGUUUGCCUCAGGUUUUUAGGCUUUCGGAGUUGAAAGAUGCUACUAAUGGUUUCAAGGAGUUUAAUGAGCUCGGGCGAGGAAGUUAUGGGUUUGUUUACAAAGCUGCUUUGGCUGAUGGGAGGAUUGUUGCUGUUAAGAGAGCGAACGCUGCGACGAUAAUUCACACCAACAAUCGUGACUUUGAAAUGGAAUUGGAAAUUUUGUGCAAAAUUCGGCAUGUUAAUAUUGUUAACUUGUUGGGUUACUGUGCUGAGAUGGGUGAGAGGUUGCUUGUUUAUGAGUAUAUGUCUCAUGGAACACUUUCUGAUCACAUUCACGGUGGUCUUUCUCCUCUCAAUUGGAGCUUAAGGCUUAAGAUAGCUAUGCAAACUGCAAAGGGUAUCGAGUACCUUCACAAAGAACUAUUGCCUCCAAUUGUUCACAAGGAUCUCAAGAGUUCCAACAUUCUUUUGGAUUCAGAGUGGGGGGCUAGAGUUUCAGACUUUGGACUUCUUACUUCGAGUGAUAAAGAUCUUAUCAGUGACUUGGAAAGCGAUGUUUACAGCUUCGGGAUUGUGUUGUUGGAGAUUCUAAGUGGAAGGAAGGCCUAUGAUAGAGAUUUUGAUCCACCUAAUGUUGUUGAGUGGGCAGUGCCUUUGAUCAAACAAGGUAAGGCAGCUGCCGUAAUUGAUCGCAAUGUCGCUCUUCCGAGAAAUGUCGAGCCUUUGCUUAAGCUUGGCGAUAUAGCAGAGCUUGCUGUGAGAGAGAAUCCGAGUGAGCGUCCAUCAAUGUCGGAUAUAGCAUCUUGGUUGGAGCAAAUUGUGAAGGAUGGAUUGAUCUUAUAACACUGAUCAAUUCAUUGCUUGUUUUGAUCAUGUGAGUAAAGCUUUUCUUCGGUUGUAAAUUGUUUUUUGAUUUUGUUGUAGAUUGCUUAAUUAUCAUUUGAAUUUCUUUGGUUUCAUUUUUCAUAAACUUCACAAAGUGAAGAACAUUGCAUUGUUGCACUAUACAAAAUUGUUUAUUUGUACAUUGUUGAUCUACAAUUCUUUCUUCUGAUAUAAGCCUGAGAUCAUCUUAAAGAUACAGAUACAAUUAUUUUCAUGUAUAUCAGUGGCAAAAAUAAAAGUCACAACAUGAAUUUCUUUGGUCA